CUCAUAUCCAGCUGUUUUUGAACAUUAUAUUGUAACUUGACAUUUGCCAUAUUAUUUACCUUUGUUUUUAAUGUCGCUGGGGAAAAAGAAAGAAGCAAACGCAAUUCUUCUAAAGUCGCUUUUGCGCGAACCAGCAAACAAAGUAUGUGCAGACUGUAAACGUAAUGAACAACCAAGAUGGGCUAGCUGGUCCUUGGGCGUCUUCAUCUGCAUCAGAUGCUCCGGUAUCCAUCGAAGUCUUGGUGUUCAUAUCAGUAGAGUGAAAUCUGUAGACUUGGAUGCUUGGACAGAUGAGCAAACUGAAAAUAUGCGCCGCUGGGGAAACCAAAGAGCAAACAUGUAUUGGGAAGCAAAAUUAGCAGAUGGCCAUGCCCCGUCAGACAGCAAAGUUUUAACCUUCAUUCGGACAAAAUACGAAUUACGAAAGUGGGUUUUAAGCCAUGAAAUUCCUUCUCCCGAAACGUUGAUACCGUCUGAAAAAUUAAACCCAUCCGUUACCUCAUCAGAACCGGAUAUCAUUAAUAAAUCUGAAGCUACCAGCAUUCCCUCCAUAGCUAAGGAGUCCUUACAAUCACCAAGCGAGGCCUCCAUAAUAGACUUUACUUCCGGGAAUAACUCAGAAAAUUAUCGCUUGCCGAACCCCGGCGCUUCCACGGCCGCUUCUACCCCAAAUCUGACUUCUUUAUCUGCAAAUAGCACCUCGAGUGCUCAGGCUAAUCGACAGAAAGAUCUUAAAUCCUCGAUUCUCUCCUUGUACGCUUCUCCCCGUCCCGUAUCCGCCAACUCAUCGGUGUCUGCCUUCUCCAAUAUACCCUCGGCCUCUACCUCUGGUGCUCAAGGGUCACAACAAUACGCCGGUUGUCAGUCACCUGUUUCUGGCACUUCUUUUGUUGCCGAAAAAUGGAAGAUGCCUCUUUUUGGCUCAACAAAUGCUUAUUCUCUUGCACGGGAAUCAGGCAUGCAAUCCCAGCCUCCCCGAAGAACCCAAUCUGCUAUGGAUAACAGUAUAAUGAAUACCCAUGAUGUGUGGAAGUAGUAUGCACAAACAGUCAUGAGAGCUUGUUAUCUUUGCUUUUUUAAACUUCUAUAUUUAUUCUUUGCUGCUAUUUUAGAAGAAACACAACAGGCAUGCACGAUUUUUGCAUAAUCGAACUUAUUGACACUCUUUGAGAUGCCCUUUUUAAAUAUGUAUUCAAUCACUUUCAUGAUACUUUGAUCGUUAAUAAUCCCUUUCUUGCCCAAUUUUGAGUUGUUGGUACAAUGAUCCACUUUGAAGCUCUCUUAUGUAUACGACAUCGGCAAGAACCGCCUCAUAAUGGAUCAAAAAAAAAUUUCUUAAAAAUACUUUAUGAAUUGGAUAUUAAUUCUAUUUCACUAUACUCUUUUUACUAAGGUGAAGUUUGCAUGCAUGAGUAGAAAAACCUAUAGAUUUUAGCACUUUUUGUAAAAGAAGGCAUGUACAGCUAUUAGAAAAUGGGAAUUUUAUCUUCUCUCAAUUAAUUGAAGACUACAAGUUAU